AUGUCAGUACCAAAAGCGGUAACCCCGAGCUACACUCGGGCUUACCAUGCAGCGCUGCAUAGGGAGUCCCUGCAGCACUUACCUUGUCCUUCACUCCCGCGAUGUGUCCCCUGCAGCGUCCCGGCCAUCUCCUCCGGCCGAUGCCGGCAUCCGGCUCCUGUGUUCCAGUCCCUGGGAUGUACGGGCGCGCGCCGGCGGCGGGAAAUUUGAAAAUUUUUAAAAAAUGACAUUUUUUUCAAAACGAUUUUACAUAUGCUUUGUCCGGCGCCCUGCCUGCAUUUUUACUGUUCUUUCUG